AUGGAAACACCACCAGUAGUUAUCAAGCAGUCGAUGUGUUUUUUGUCAAACGCGUCUCGAAUGAUACUCGUGAGCGAGCUCUUUGUAUCUGCGGCUAUUCCCAGAUCAACAACCUUGUAUCCGGAGUUCUCCACCAUGGAAAUUAGUGUUGGCCGGUUGCUGUCAACGCCAAUCGUUGGUUUGCGGUACACUUUGAUCAAUUUAACGCCAACACUGGCCAAUGCCCCAAUCUCUCCUCCACCAACAGAUAUUCUGGACCCCUUGGCAAGCACCAGGCUUCCUUUUUUGGUAUCUGAGCCAACGGCUCUGAUAUUCUCGCCAGAUUUGACAUCCUGCGCCAGAAUCUCCACCAGUUUCUCCUCCUUGCCAUCGUCUGUGGUCUGCACCAGCUUUGUCUCCUCCACCAUCACCACUGCGUUGGCUCCGUCAGGCAACGGCGCUCCCGUGGUGAUUCUUGCUAUUUCGCCCGAAACAAGCACUUUUUUCUCGUUUCUGUUGGCAUGCGACACAGUCACCACCGGAUACGUUCCCGGACCAUCUUCUGCCACAACAGCAUAG